AUGGAUCCCAACAAGGUGACUACAUAAUUAUUACUUCAUCUGUUAAAUUCUCCGUCCAAUUCAGGCUGAAGACUCUACAAAAAGAGAGUCGACAAAUGCAUUUCCAAAUGUGAAGGCUAUUGCUCAACAGUUCGAAGAUUUCGAAUCUCAGAUCAGUCUGCGCUCUUCCGAGGGCUCUACCGCUAGACGCCUGAGACAACAGCUUGAAAACGAAGAUGGCAACGCGAACAUGGGUGAAUCAUCGGUUUCGGUGAGUUCAGGGUGGGAAUAAACAGAAUGUGCUUACAAAGGUGUUAUUUCAGGUGUUUGUUGACCCACAAGCUCCCACUGGGAGUUUUGCAUCGUUGCCACGUCAUCUCGGGAGAAACAGAGACAAUUCUUUGGGCCGUAGCUCCCACGAUGAGUUGUCCUCCAGUUCCUUGACCUUGACCGAAAAUGUUGGUGAAGCGACGAAUGCUUUUCCCGUAUGCAUUUUCCCAGUUUUCAGCGUUAACUUAUUUAUUUUAGAGUUCGAAAAACAUCGAGAUCGUGAGAAGCCAGUCAAACAUCGCAAAGCCGGCCCGUUCCACGUUGGUCCUCGGAAACGCACAAAUCCCGACAUCUUCUUCGAAUACUAUUGGAAAGAAGAUCGCGUACACAAACAUCAACGGACGUCUCGUUCCGAAGCUUGAUGCCAACCUUCAGCACGUUGAGAUUGAGAAGAUCGUCGUGCCGAUCUCGCCUCGCAGCGGACAAUCUGAGAUCAGAAUCAUCAGUAACCCGAUCAAUCUCAACUCUGGAGCCAAGAAAGUUGAGCAGGAGAGCAAAGAGAUUCCGGACCUGCUGCUGAAUAACAGUUCGAAGCCACUGCAUCCUUCCCCAGUCCAUCAUCAUGAAUCCUCUGCUACCGGAACCUCCAUGGCGCUCCAGAAUGUAGCUGCGACGUUGACUUCAAUGGUGAAGAUCCAGGAACUCUCGUCAGUGCCGCUUCAUGAGGAGCUUCAUGAAGAGCUUCAUGGGACGCACGGAUUGACUGCUGCCCAGAUCCGAGACGUGCAGGGAGUUCUUCCUAUGGAACUUCAACCGUCUGAGAUCUCGUCGAUGAAGCUUCAAGAAGAGCCGAAAUUGAAGCCUAAGCUGCCGCAAACGCCAGACGUUUGUGCGAUCAAAAACGAGGAGACGCCCAAAAUUUUGCCGGUACUGCUCCAGCCACCGCUAGGAUUCUCUCCUGUGGAGUCCCAGGAGAUGUACGGAUUGUCUGCGGCACAGCCACCACAAGUGCCGGAAAUUAAGCAAGAGCUCUCGUCGGUGAAGUUCCGAGAUGCGGCCGGUUCUUCUCCGGUGAAUCAGGCUUCAAGACUCUCAAUGUUCGAGUUUCCGCCGCCGCCGCCAGACGUUUCUUUGAGCAAUGUCCAGCAACCGCCAGGACUUUCUUCAGUGGAGUCCCAGGAGAUGCACGGAUUUUCUGCGGCACAGCCACCACAAGUGCCGGGAGUUAAGCAACUUCACCUGUCUGAGCUCUCGUCGGUGAAGUUCCGAGAUGCGGCCGGAUCUUCUCCGGUGAAUCAGGCUUCAAGAUUCUCAGUGUUCGAGUUUCCGCCGCCACCGCCAGAAGUUUCUUCGAGCAAAGUCCAGCAGCCGCCAGGACUGAUGUCGGUGCAAUUGGACGUCAACGUCGGAGCUGCGAGAAACAAGACCGGAAGCAGCGAACUGGCUAAUCGGACGCAGCUCGAAUUGAUGACUGCGGUGAUUCUCCAAAAUCCGGAGCUCUUCUCUCAGGCUAUCGCCGAUGUUCUCAAGAAGAUCGGCACUGCAAAAGCGGAUCCCGACACAAAGUCCAGCAGUUCGGUUCUGGCCGAUCCAUCGCGUCUGCUGAUGGCUGAUUCUAAGGAGCAGAGUGAUGUUUCGGAGGCGGUGCUCACGGAAACCUCCUUGAUUUCAAAGAACGAGGAAAAGAUAGACUCCAGUUUCGUCGUCAAGAUGGUUCCAGUGGAUCACAACAAGCUCGGAUGGGUAAAUUCGCGUCUCGAGCGGGAUGCUCUGAUGCCGGCUCAAGUCGUUUUGUUCAAGGACAAGGAAGAGGAAUUCGAUUCUUCCGCGAAGGUUCACGGCGGUCCCUCCGAGGUGAGUCAUCGCACAGUUUUUCUUUCCCAUUGAUUGUUCAGAAAUUUUAAUUUUGCAGAUCUGUGGAGACUGUGUUGAGCAAGACGAGGAUGGAACGGAUGGCACAAAGAAAGAGUCGAAACAGGUGUCGAAGAAAAACAAGAAGGACAAGAAGCCAUCGUCGGGCGCCAAUGAGAAGACCUGCAGAACCAUGUAG